UGUCGGAUCAGUCGCUCGCCUACCUCGUAAGGUGACAGUACGUGAGAUACGAAGCUUGUUCUGCACUCGCAAACAUCCGCGACUUCCGCGCGCGUUGCCGUAUCGACGACGAGGGUGAUCGCACUCGCGACAGCUGUGUCGAGUAUACGUGCGCGCGCGCGCGCGUCCUCGCGUAACGAUUACGCGUCGUCUUUCUUCCCCCGUUGUGUGUCCUGUCGUGGAGAGGACUCCGGAGGAAGCAACCGGAGUAGCCGAAGAGUAGCCCGCGAGGAGUCAGAGACAAUCGACAAAGUGACACAAGUGCGCUAAGCCGGGAGUGCUUAAUGACCGGAGGAUUCUUUGCCGUUCUCAUCUGUGAUAACGUAACGAGCGCAACCACUCGCGGCUGAUACGACGAGAUUGUUAUCCCUAUCACGUGUUCACGUGUGCCGCGGCGAAAAGUUUCCUCGCGGGAUAAUCUCUUUCUCUUUCUCGUUCUCUCUUUCUCUUUCUCUUUCCGUGCCGCGCGCACGGAUGCCGCCCGCCGCGACCUGAUUGCCGCGCCGCGUGCGUCCGUGCGUGCGUGCGUGCGUGCAUAUCGCACACCAGGAGGAGCGCGACGAAAUUUACCCGAUGAACGGUGGAAUGGUUUGUGUCUGGUUGGACUACGACGACAAGUGAUAAUUAGCUCCAGCAGCUCCCGUUCCCGGCAAAGGAUUUUUAUCGACACAGCUGGGAGAACCGACGACGACGAAGCAGAGGCAGCGAUUAAGAAGCAAUUAGUAGAUCCGAGGGCGUGUUAUGAAAUUGCUGCCACCAAUUCAGAUAUCGCAGCUACCGCCGGUUUCCGCCGCUGGCGGAAUGGCCGGAAUGGAACCUCGGCUGCCUCCGGGUAUAUCUUUGCCUAUAUGUCCGGAAUGGGCAAUCUGGAGGGCCCAAUACGGGCCCACGAUGGGUUUCCCGCCUACAACGCAUCCACCGCCCAGUCCCCUCUUGGAUUUUAAAACUCAUCUACCAACGAGUUUAGUGUCCGACCCUAGACUGUGGUCGAAGGAGGACGUAGUGGCGUUCCUGCGGUGGGCCGAACGGGAAUUCGACCUGCCACCGUUCGACAUGGAAAUGUUCCAGAUGAACGGCAAGGCUCUGUGCUUGCUGACCAAGGCCGAUAUGGGCGAGAGGUGUCCGAGCGCUGGCGACGUGCUGUACAACGUGCUGACAAUGCUGGUGCGUGAUUACAGUCAGGUACAGAGAUGCCUACCGAGCAGUCCGGUGACACCAACCAGACCGUCCACAUAUCCGCUGAGUCCACAUUCGCAUCCGCCUACACCAACGUGGACGGAGACGCCACCAUACGCCUCGAAUCUCGCCUCGUUAAUGUCGGCUAACUCAGUGACACUAUCGCCAGCACCGUCUGUGGACAGUCAGUCGGGUUCACCCAGUCACGCGACCGAUGCGAAUCAGACGCAAGUCUAUAAGAGCGAUUCGGACGAAGACAACACUCACCAGGUGUCAAGCGGCAAUAGCAGUCCACCGGCUACACCGACCGCAUUGGCGGCACAGAGGCUCAGUGAGGUGAGCGUCAAGGACCAACCGAGCCCAACGUUACCGCACCAGUUGAUGCCGCUGACGCCCGGUACCUUUCGAUCGGCUACCAGCACGAACAGAGAGUUCUUCCCUAACGAUUCGUCAGAACCCAACACCAACGGAAGACUGCUCUGGGACUUCCUUCAGCAAUUGCUGAACGACCCCGCGCAACGGUACCAGCAUUAUAUCUCAUGGAAAAGUCGAGAUACUGGCGUCUUCAAGAUUGUCGAUCCACCUGGUCUAGCGCGACUCUGGGGCAUCCAGAAAAAUCAUCUCUCUAUGAAUUACGACAAAAUGAGCAGAGCUCUACGUUAUUAUUACCGCGUGAACAUACUUAGAAAAGUACAAGGCGAACGUCAUUGUUAUCAAUUCUUGCGUAAUUCGGUCGAAUUGAAAAACAUCAAGAACAUAUCAUCGCUGCGCCAUCAGAUGCGAAUAAAGUCGGAACCAGAGGAGGAAAGGACUCUUUCCGGAAGUCCCGAGGCUGAACCGGAAGUGGACAUGCCGACGGAUCUCUCAAUGUCCAGCAUGAACCAACCGAACGAACAGCAGCAGCAGCCCCUAUCGUUACACGACCCACCUGCCAAGUACAGAAGUCACGCAUACAAUCUCGUUAAAACCAAUCAGGAGCCGGAAGAGAGGAAGUGACGCGGGACCUAGCGAUGGUAGGAACGCAAUGAUUGUGCGUAAUUGCAUCACGGCAGACUGGGAGCCGGCGGCGAAAUGACCUCGACGUAAGAAGGGUUCCACAUCGGCUAUUGAGUGAUAUCUAUACAAAGAUAUGCGAAGGUUUUCAAGAUGGGAAAAGAUGGAAUCCAAAGCGUAAUUUAUCGACAAGAAUCAGAAAUACGAUAACGAAGAUAAGAUCUAAUCUCGAAAUCAUCCAGUGGUAAUUGUGAAGAGAUAUACCGAUGGUUAGAGAUUUUGCAAUUAUUGAUAAAUCGUAGAACGCGUGAAAUAUAAAUCGCAGGACGAAACGUGAUAAAAGCUACGAUUUUAAGCACAUUACGAGAUAAGCGUUAUAACUUUUUGAGAAUAAUUACCAGAAAGAGAGCAUUCACAUUUAUUCAAUUUGCACAUUGACGCUCUAAGGGUUCGGGUGAUGGUCUAGAGAGAUUCUUUAAAAAUCAAGAAAUUAAAUUUUACGUUCUACAUAUGUGCCCAGUUUUGUGUGUUUAUCGAGAAUCCAAAGUUGCGGUUAUACAAGAUCCUCUCCAUUUUCGUCGUUAUAUGUAAGAGUGUGAUAAGAAACGCAAGAAGAGAGUGUAUCUCCUCACGGUGCAAAUCGGAUAACGAUUUGCUCCCUCUCCUCUCCUCCACCCUCACAUAGAUUCGCGUUCAGUGCCGAUAAUGAUAGACGCUUCAAUGUGAAGCUGAAUCUUCGCGGAUAUUCCGCCCUAUCCCUUUCCCUGCUUUCUCGUAACGGAGUGAAUCACCCAAACCGAGCAAUUUCCUUUCCACUUUUACAACGACAAGAUGUGUAUGAAACGUAUGGUCUUAGGUGCACUUAAGAACAUACAUACGACGAUUCAAUGUACAAAGAAUGCCAGAAGGAGAACUGUUACCAGGUCUUUCUUUUCUUACACGUUUCUCUGCUCCUCUUUUUCUUAAUCUUAGGUAUAUAUUCUGUGAUGUACGACUUUAUUUUUUUUUCUUGGCGAAACGUAGCCUAUAAAUAAGGUCGAUCCCAAAGAAAGACUACUUGAUUUGAAACAUUCAGUGUAAAUACAUCACAGAACAAUUAUGUUAUUAAUGUUUUCGUAGUUUCCGGAGUAUAAAGAGCUUGACAAAAUCUUUUUCACGACAGUUUAAUAAUUAUAUAUAUAU